AUGGUGCGACGGUGUUUUGUACCUUGGUGCAAGCAUCAGCCUUUAUCAGAUUCUUGCUCCCUACGACGGUUUCCUCGUGAUGAAACCAAAAGAAGAGAACUGUUGAAAGCGACAAGGUGUGAUGAUUACCCCCUGCCUUCUGAGAACUCAAGAAUUUGUAGUUGUCACUUCACUGAUAACUUGCUCGACAGCACUGAUUCCAAUUAUAAUUCCCAAGCUCCUGACAAAGUUUUACGUUUACGCUCCACAAACAUUAUAUCUCCUCCACGGAAAAAAACAAAAGCAGCCAGAGUUCUAAACAUAUCUGGCUCCAUCUCCCUCACAUCAAGAAAUAAAGAAAAUAUCAAACCACCCGCUUUGAAGCAUUCCUCUGGUCCUUCUUCCCAAUCUUUACAUCCUCCAAAAACCUCUUCUUGUCAAACCCCUGAAGCCCUGAUACCUUCCUAUCAUUCUAACAGUUCCAGAGAAAACUGCAAAGUUCAAGAAACUUCUGAAAAGAGCCCUCCCCACUAUGAUUCAGAUCCUCCAGAACUUCCUGCAGCCGAUAUCACUCCUGAAACUACCCAAUCCAUUUUCCACAGUACUCCAACCUCUUCAGUUCAAAAUGACAGCUCUGGCACUGAUAAUUCUUCUGCGAACUGUUCCGAAGUGCCCUCCAUUCCCACAAUUUCUCCAUCGUCUAAUACUGAUACCCACAGAAACAACACCUCUUCCAAAUUUUGUCACUCCUGCAACUGUCCUUUGCUUUCUUCAGAAUCCUCUGAUGCCUCUACUCAAACAAUUCUUCAAGCUCAGGACCCACUUUUGAAGGCGGAAAAUUACUUCCUGGAUUUGAAAGUAAAAGAGUUAGAAAAAAAGUUAGAGGAACGUAAAAAGGGAUUCAGUUUAGCGGACAUAAAAGACGAUGAAAAGUUAGUUUCUUUCUACACUGCAUUUCCAAAUUUUGAAACCCUAGAAAUAUUUCUAAAGCUUUUUCGUGAUGUGAAAGUUAAUUACUAUGAAAAGUGGAACGUUACGAAAAUAAACAGAGAUGAUCAAAUUUUUCUCACUCUUAUUAAAUUAAGAUUGAAUUUGAAAGGAUCUGAUCUAGCACAUAGAUUCGGUGUUUGUGCCAGUACAGUGACCAAUAUUGUUAUUACAUGGAUUCAUGUAAUCCAUAAAAUAGUAUUUGAAGGGUUGAUGAAUCACACGAUUCCUUCCCGUGCCAAAAAUAGAGCAUGCUUGCCUUCUUGCUUCAAUUGUUUCCUAAAUUGUCGUAUUGUACUGGACUGUACUGAAGUGGCCGUUCAAGUCCCUAAAUCUUUGAGCAAACAGAAACAAGUAUAUAGCCAUUACAAACACAAGACUACAUUCAAAGGCUUAAUAGGAGUUGCACCCAACGGUGUGAUUACUUAUGCCACUGCUCUAUAUCCGGGCUCAACAUCCGAUAAAGAGGUAGUUCAGCACUCUAAAAUUUCAGAGAAAUUGGAUCCAGGCGACUUAGUUCUGGCCGAUAAGGGAUUCCUAAUUUCUGAUAUAGUACCUGCAGGAGUAAGUGUUAACAUACCACCAUUUUUAGACACGCCUCAAUUUACACCCGGUCAAGUACUAGAAACAAGAAAUAUUGCACGAGCAAGAAUCCAUGUUGAACGUGCCAUAAAUAGGGUUAAAGUGUAUGAUAUUUUAGAGAAGAUACCAUCACAGCUAUUUUUUUACUCGACUAAAAUCUGGCAGGUUUGCACAGUUUUAAGUAACUUCAGGUUCCCCUUAAUUAAAGAGACUUGCCCUAUGUUAGAUAAUAUCAAAGAAUCUUUAUAAACUUCCAAACCUUUACUUAUUUACUUGAAGUUUGUCAGCGUAUUAUGGCAGCGUUCAUCAGAGAAAAACCAACUUUUCAGCUAAAUCAACCUUGUCUCAACCGUGUGUCAAACAAAACCUUGUCUCAUGCAUGUGCUGCUCAUGUAAGAUGGGUGGAUUGGGAAUGCAGCAAACUCAAUGGUUCCUUUCUGAUAAAGGUUGAUCAUUUCUUCUAUCUCGAUUUCCUUAUUUUCUCCUUUGACUAUUUUUCUUGCAUUAGUGUGUUCUUGCUCAUAAUUUCAAUAAUACCUUUUUUUCCUGCUGUAUUAGUAUAAGUUAAUGCCUAGUGCCUCUGGAAUAAACUAAAACCUUGGAAAGUAUUUGAUUGCAAAUUAGACAGUUAAAUUUCUCAAAUUACUUUCAAAUUGUGGAGCUAAAAUAAAAACCAAGAGCUUCCUUCAAA